AUGCUGGAAGCCUUUGAGAUCCUGACUACGUCGGGAGUGGUUCUAUGGUCCAAGUCCUACGCGCCAGUCGGCUCCCAUGUCAUCAACAGUCUGAUCAACGACGUCUUCAUCGAGGAAAAAGCCCAGCUCCAAAACACCGCGAACAGCGCAUCCCCGAUCUUCAAGAAGGAGAAGUACACUUUGAAAUGGAGGAGAUCAAAGGAUUUUAACCUGAUAUUUGCCGUUUAUCAGUCGCUUCUCCAUCUUGGUUGGAUUGACAAGCUUUUGGACAACAUCUCCACUAUUUUUAUCGAUAUCUACAAGGACCAACUGAAGAGCGAACGGGUCAGGAUAGUCGAGUAUCCGUUUGACAAGUAUUUUGACCAGCAAGUGCGCGAGCUUGAGGAUAACGCCACUGCUGGCUUCGCUUCUGAGGCACCCGGGACUGAUGCGGAAGCAAGAAAAGACCCGCUCGUCUCUGCUGAUAAUGGAGGCCCUCCACCGCCGCCCGUACCUGGGCUCUUGAAAGCGCAGCCUCGAGCUGCGCACAGUGCGGCAACCUCUGAUGAAGGUUCGCCGCCACAAACCCCAGAUAUAUCCAGAAUACCCUCUCCCUCCCCGAACCAUAUACUCACCGCCAAAGCCGGUCCGGGUGGUCGUGUUUCUCGCCGCGCACGGAAAGCUGCGAAUGCGAGCGCUACUGCCUCUUCUGGUGAUGAGAAGGGACGGAAAGGAAAGACACCUAAGGGUGGGAAGAAGCUACGUGUAUGGGACGCCGAUGGCCUUGCGGAUGAGGAUGAUGGAACUGUCCUCGACUACUCUGCACCUGCUGAGGCCGAGGACGCAUCCGCACCGGCAGUGGAAGCCGUGUCGCAGGACUCUUGGGGUCACCGAACUGGCAAAGGUCAAUUCGUUUUGAAGGACCUGGGAGACGAAGUCCACUCGAUUCUCGAGAAUGCAGACAACGAGAAGACCAAGUCCUCCGCACCGUCUGGUCUUGUAGGGACCGGAUUCAGCGCCAUCGGUGGCUUGCUGCGAAAUAUUGUCGGCGGUAAAGUUCUGACAGACGCUGAUUUGGAGAAGCCCUUGAAGACAAUGGAAGACCAUCUGCUAAAGAAGAACGUCGCGCGUGAGGCGGCAGUCCGCUUGUGUGAUGGUGUCAAACAGGAGCUGAUUGGAAAAAAGACGGGUAAUUUCCAGAGCGUCGAUGCGGCGUUGAAGUCGGCGAUGGAGUCUUCCCUUCGCAAGAUACUUACUCCAACUUCAUCACUUGACCUGCUCCACGAGAUCAACACCGUUACAAACCAGAAGAACAGGCAAGCUACGGCGCGACCCUACGUGAUCUCUAUUGUGGGUGUUAACGGCGUCGGCAAAUCAACGAACCUUGGCAAGAUUUGUUACUUCUUGUUACAGAACAACUACCGCGUUCUGAUUGCUGCGUGCGAUACUUUCAGAUCUGGAGCCGUUGAGCAGCUUCGUGUCCAUGCUCGAAACCUGAAGGAGCUCAGCGCUCGUGAAAAUGUCGGCGAGGUCGAGCUGUACGAGAAAGGUUACGGCAAAGACGCUGCAAAUGUCGCUAAAGAUGCGGUCGAAUACGGUGAAGCCAACCAGUUCGACGUUGUUUUGAUCGAUACUGCUGGCCGUCGCCACAAUGACCAGCGUCUCAUGUCUUCGUUGGAAAAGUUCGCCAAGUUUGCGCAACCGAACAAGAUCUUCAUGGUGGGAGAAGCCCUUGUUGGUACCGACAGCGUGAUGCAGGCACGUAAUUUCAACCAAGCCUUUGGCACAGGAAGAAGCCUCGACGGCUUUAUCAUCAGCAAGUGUGAUACAGUCGGCGACAUGGUUGGGACCCUUGUCAGCAUGGUGCAUGCGACAGGCAUUCCGAUUGUCUUCCUUGGUGUUGGCCAGCAUUACGGUGAUUUGAGAGGGCUCAGUGUUCCUUGGGCCGUUAAUCUGCUGAUGAAAUGA